UACAGUUUUCAAAGUUAGCAGACGCUUUGUUAUUGUUGAUUGUUGCAACGACUCACAUUUUAUUUGUAAUUGUAAAAUUAUUCAAUGAAAUUAAGGAUGUUGUUUUUGUUAUCAUAUUGGAAUUGUUAAGUUAUGGCAGUCCAGUCUUACCAAGAGCGACAAAAUGACGAACUGCAAGUGCUACAGUCUAUAUUUAUGGAAGCUUUCCGAGAUCUGCGUCUGAAAAAUGCUUGGAAAGUUGAAAGAGCCCCUGAAGUAAGCCUUACUUUAAAACCUCAGGAGAGCUAUGGCAAUCAUGCGGAGGAAGCACAUGUUCAGUUGGACUUGGUCUUCAUCUGUCCAGAACAUUAUCCUGACGACCUUCCGACCAUGAGGUUAGAGAAUUCAAAGGGACUAUCGAAUCAGCAGCUUGAUUCUCUUAAAUCUGAAUUGGAAAAUCGUGCAACACAACUGAAAGGACAGGAGAUGAUGUUAGAGUUGUCACAGCAUGUUCAGACGUUCCUGUAUGCCAACAACAAACCGCCUCCCCAGUCGUUCUAUGAGCAGAUGAUGAGUAACAAGAAGCAACAAGAGGACCGUGAGGCGCAGGAACAACAGAGGCGCAUGGAACUGCUGCGGAAGAAGGAGGAAAAAGAGUUACUCAUGAUCGAAGAUGAGAUUGCAAAGAGACAGGAGGCCCUGAAAGAGGAGACAAGAAAGAGACGUGACGAGGCAAGACAGGGUUCACUAGAAAAAGCCAUUCCAGUGGGUUCACCAGGCAAAGGAAAGGUCGAGGCAGGCCAGGGGAGGCUAUCUAUGUCACCGGGGGAGAAACACAGGGACGGCCAGGAGGAUGGGAGACAGUCACACAGGAGCCCUGUGGUGCAAUUCACUGUCCCGGUGUCUCCUACACAGAGGCGAACGGUGACCCUGAAGAGUGGGGAAGAUGGAGAUGGGCCCUGCAAACAUCACCAUGGGGGCGUGGUUGUCCUUGCCUUUAACACAAAGUCAGAGAGAAUCGUCCACAGGGGAACAUGUCUUGGGCAUGGACUACAUGGCAGUACAGUUUAUGCAGGUAUAGACACUAAUACUGGUGAGUUGGUUGCCAUAUCCGAGUGGGUGUUGAAAUGGCGCCAUGCGGCCAAGAAGGCGGGAAGCAGUGGUCGGGUCGAGGGCGAUACUGAGGGGGAGGGGUACAGUAAACAGGUGGCUAACAUAGAGCGAGAGAUGUUUUCAUUGCUCAAGUUGAACCAUAGAAACCUGCUACACUACCUGGCAUUCAAAUACAUUGAAGAACCUGGAAAAAUCACCAUCUAUGCACUAAUGGAGUACUCUGGAGGCCAGAACUUGGACAUUUAUGUGACACGACGCACCUUGCCUCUUGCUGCCAUACAUACAUACACACAUGAGCUGUUAGGGGGACUUCAGUAUCUACAUAACAAAGAUGUUACACACAAGAAUCUCAGGGCAUCAAGUGUGUUUAUUGAUGUGACUGGAAGAGUCCGAAUAGCAGACUACAGUAUCAACAGGAGACUCUGUGACCUGCACAGAAUGGCAGAGGAGUCCUGCCCAGGGGUGAAAUUCACAGACAAUGUUCAGACUGCAGGCAGGGGAGGCAAGAAGGGAGACAUAUUUCAGCUGGGUGUGUUGCUACUGUCCCUGGCACAGAGUUCUGCCUGUGAUGAGCUAGUACCAUCCAUACCGUCCACCUUACCGGCUGUUCUCCAGGACUUCCUUGCCAAGUGUUUGUUACGGGAUGACAAGCUGCGCUGGUCCUGCUCCCAGUUGUUUGAACAUGCAUUUGUCAAGGAGCCUGUCCCCACCCUCAUACCAGCCCCCACAGCCACAACUAGCAAGCUGCAUAAAGCCAAAGACAAAUGUACAUGUGAGGGAGGCGUUUGCCUAGUCAGGAAGGACAACUCUCUGGAGAAUUCUGACAGUGAGGGUGAAGAGUUGCUGCCCUUUAUAACUGCCUGGGAGGCCAGUGGUCAGUCGAGGCUUACAAAUGAGUUUCAUGUACUUAAACUACUGGGGAAAGGAGGCUUUGGAGAUGUGAUAAAGGUAAAGAAUACGUUAGAUGGAAGGUUUUAUGCCAUCAAGAGGAUACCCUUGAACCCCAAGAGUCAGCAUUUCAAGAGGAAAAUCACCCGGGAAGUGAAACUACUCUCCAGACUUAACCAUGAAAACGUGGUCAGAUACUACAAUUCCUGGAUCGAGACAAGUGAUGAGGCAGCCAGCAGUGAAUCCUCCUCUUCUCGCACUGAAACUCCCAGAAACUCUCACUCAGAGAGAAAAGUCUCCUUACCAACAAACUUUGGCAAAAACAGUCUUGAAAUCACAGAUGACAUUGAGAAGUUUGCCCCGCAGGUUAACAAUGCAUCCAUGGACUUCAGUAUCUCAUAUGAGUUGUCAAGGUCAAAGUCACAUGGUUUCCAUGGUAACGAUGACUUGUCUAGUUCAGAUGAUGAAUCCUUGCCAGAUGAGGAUGUGUUUGCUCUUUCCUUUAUGUGA